AUGACCGCUCCCAAUGGUAGUGGCACGGGUCGCUCUGCCACCGUUAGAGAUAAUGGAGGCAGCACUGGUUUCUCAUCUGCUCAAAGUGAGAACGCAGGUGCCGGAGGAUACAUCUCUAGCAACGACGACAAUAGCCAGGGUGGUGACUCUUACUAG